GGGUAUGAGCGUACAUAAUUGUAACUAUAAGUAAUUUCACAGUCCAGACCAAGUAAGGUUAAAGGAAAAUCUUUUUUUCACAUUAGUUUAUGUUUACUCAUGAUAAUCCGGACUCUGCGCUUUGUACAGAGGUUCAUAGGAUCUUGUCCCGCAUUCGAAGAUUGAAAACUUUCGUCAAUCUUGCAGAUGUCUACAAUGAGUUACUUCAAUUUUUCAACUUACAGGAUUCAAAAAUGCGUGAAAUGGAUACCAGACCCGAUACAUCUUCAGUGUUGUCUUCAAAUUUAUCCAUUUUAGAUAGAAUUAAUUUUUGUAGUGUGCUGGCAGCGGCCUUUAGUAGACGAGCCCGUGUUUUAAUGCAUACUAAAGGCGCCAUGAUGAAUGCAGAUGCUGUUGGUUUAGUUAGUCUUACAGGAGGAGAUACUACUCUACAGAUGAAUAUUUCACAGGUUCUUACCUGGGUACAUCAUCUUGAAGAAUUACUCAAGAAUAUUAGCAGCUCAUCAGCUAUAGUCCAAGCAUUACGAAUAGAAUUAUCGCACAAUGAUUAUUUUUCUCAUCAAGAUAGAACUUUCUGGUCUCUAGAAGCUUCUCUUUCAUAUGGGCACGGUGAGUUACAUGACAUUGAGACUGAACAAUAUGUAAAAAAUAUAAAGAAAUUAAACACAUUACUUUUGAAGGCUCGCCCAGAUAUGGAUAUGAUCACAGAGGUUGUCAAGGACUUGAGCGAGCUUCGUUAUGACGAAGCGAAGCCUAUAUUCAAAUUAUUUCAGGGCGGUGGACCUGAGGGCCAACUCGAUGUUGAUGUUGCUUUGAAGACAACACUCGUAGUGACUCAUCUUCGCGAUUUAAUUUCCCAAGAUUGCAUCCAGUUACCAGCCAGGGGUAUUAAAUGUGCACACUUCGAGGUGUUUGAUCUUGGAAGCUUUGUGCGUAUGGUGAUGCAGCGAAGGAUGGCAAUACCGAUGAAUAACCAUCAUGCCGGUGACUGGGGUGCGCCGUGCCCAGUGUGCUCCUACUUCACUGCGCUCGUUGAUCUGAGGGUGGAUCGAACGGUACUGAACGCGAUUCGCGCAUAUACGCAGGAGAAGAACGGGAAAAUAGUUCCUCUUACUGCGAACCACGCAUUGAUGUGGGACCUUGAAAAAAGGACGUGCCGUGUGAUUGAGGAUGAUAAUAGUGACCAUGCAAGGGCACAUGAAGACAAUUCUGAGAUAGGGGUGUUUCUUGAGGAUCACGAACAGGAUGACCAAAACGACGGGAUUCACAAGAAGAGACGCGUUGAAAUAGAUGGACAUGUACUCUACGUGGAUGAGUGAAGGGGCACAUUGGAGACUGAAGGGUGUGCGGUGAAUACUGAAGUAUGGAUAAUAGAACCAUUUUAUUGCAUUAAAUCAUCAAUGUAGGUUCUUCCAUCAACAUACGUAUUAGGAGAAAAACUAUCUAAAUUUUCAAGACAG